AACGAUAAACAAUUUGAAGAUAAAGAAAUGUGGCCUGUUGAGGUCCAAGAAACAUUCCAAGCACCAGCAAAAAUCAGUGCAACUUCCAAAUGGAGAAACCCAAGCUACCAAGAUUUGCAGGCAAUCUUCAAAGCUGAUUUCAAGCAUAUUGUCGAAACAAGGUAUGGAAAACGGGAUGCGAUAACAAUUUUGAGAGCGAGCUUACAAGGAAAACCACUUGAUAUGAUCAAGGGGAUUGACCAAGAUUAUGAGACAGCCUGGGAAUACUUAGAUUCCGUAUAUG